GAGAAAGGACGCCACUUGUCGUGGUCGUUGUCGUAGUCACUGUCGUUUAUGGGCCUUCGCACGAAUCAACCGAUCGCGUCACAUCACUUGGUGAACAGCACAACCGCGGUGAGAGGAUUCGUGUCAUAUGCUCUAUGGCAGAGAUCUUGGUGGCGUCGCAGACGACACAUCAUUCGCUACCUCCCCAACGAAUGCAGCAUACACCAGCCAUCGAAGAGUGACACUACACUUCGACGACUUAAGUCACGGCACAAGCAUCGACAAAUCGACGUGACGCGCGUCAAGGGAUCGUGAGACGCACGAGUAAAAAGGUCGCCAUAUGCAUCACAUCAUUAAAAAUAUUAAGUUCGUGUCCUACUUGAUAUUGGAAUAACGGUGCAUAAUUAAAAUUUACAUCGUUAGUGUCACAUUCACUUUUGUUUCUACUAGAAAGGGAUGGGAAAACAAAAGGAGGUGGAUCGCUGCUAUCGAGUUGGAAUCAAUUAGACUCGAUCAACCCUGAAAAAUCACAUAUUCUCUGAGGGCGUUGUUGCGUCCGCGAAACGGGCCAGUACCUCGGGAUCUUUCGGUGCUGAUUCAGCCCGGCUGACAUGUAUGGUGGAGGCCAGCUACUACAAGACCGAACAUGGUCCGCUGUUGGCCGACGCGGUCCGACUCGACCCAAGUGAGCUGUGGACAGGAUUGGGUAAAACGACGGACAUCGGAGGGCAACUUCGUCAGUAUGGAACUGCAACAUGGCAACCCUAAGAUAAAAGUACUCGCCAUGGGUGCUAGGGUUUCGUUUACGGAGAGGGAGGGGAGGCGCGGGAAGAGGGAGCAAGAACGAGUGACAAAGAUGCAGAUCUUCGUGAAAACCCUCACGGGGAAGACCAUCACCCUCGAGGUCGAGAGCAGCGACACCAUCGACAACGUCAAGACCAAGAUCCAGGACAAAGAAGGGAUUCCGCCGGACCAGCAGCGACUGAUCUUUGCCGGGAAGCAGCUCGAGGAUGGACGGACACUCGCCGACUACAACAUUCAGAAAGAGUCGACGCUGCAUUUGGUCCUGAGGCUGAGGGGCGGUAUCAUUGAGCCCUCUCUGAUGGCUCUAGCCAGGAAAUAUAAUCAGGAAAAGAUGAUCUGCAGAAAAUGCUAUGCAAGAUUGCAUCCAAGGGCUGUUAAUUGCCGUAAAAAGAAGUGCGGCCACAGCAACCAGCUGAGGCCCAAGAAGAAGAUCAAGUAAGCUGUUGGUUUGAGUUGCUUGAUGCGUGUUCUGAGAAGCCAAAAUGAUGUCCCAUCUAGAUUAGCUGUCAUCGGCUGUUUUCAUUUUUCACAUGAAGCUUAUUUUUAUUGCUUUGUUGCUGCAAACAAACGUGUUGGCACGUAAAGGACCAUGUUGUUUUCUGAAUGUUUUGAAGUAUCUUUAGCAAUUAAUAUUUCUAUUGAUUGUUCUCCA